ACCUGCGCGGCGGUGCUCUGCUCCACCUCGAUGAUGUCGUCGCCGGACGAGACGCUGGUCUUGCGGCUGCGGGAGGGCCGCGCCUGCGACACGGGCGUGUGGCGGUGCGGCGUGGCCUCGCGCUCGGGCCCGGGCGUCAGCGACCGCAGGGGGAUGCUGUCCCCGCGGCCGCCCAGCUUGUGGAUGUCGUCCAGGAGGCUGUUGAUGUCGGUUAGGUCCUUAUCCGGGGGAUCCCCCGCCAGCAGGGUGAGGGGCGUCGUCUCCUCGGGGUCCUCGCCCCCUCCGAGCGGCUGGACCCCCCCUCCGGCGUCCCCGGGGCCGCCCCCCACGCCGCCGCCGUGCUCCCGGGGCGCUGCCGGACCCCCAUUGCAGCGCCCGCUGUCCCCGAUCUCACGCAUAACGUCCCCGCCGGCUCGUGGCGACCACCAGCACAUGGAGGUCCGCCGCGCGCGCUCCGGCCCUCGACCCGCGGGGGGCCCGGCCCCCUCUCCUGCAGCUGAGGGAGGCGGGCGGUCCUGCGGUCAUCACAGGGCGCGCCGCAGAGCCUCAAGCAAGCCUGCUACGACCAUUACUACACUCGCCACAAGGCCACACAUACACUGGACACUCGCGCGCGGCUGGAUUCGUUGUGCUCUAAUACUGCAUCGGCGUCGCGGCGCGCACCUGUGUUUCUCUUUCGCGAAGGCACAUUUAUUGAUUAACUGGUGAAGGAUGAGAUCGAACUCGUCACUAUUUA